CACACACACACACACACUUACACACGCGCGCGCGCGCGCACACACACACACACACACACCCCUUCUUCCCAGCCAUCUCUGGCAACUCAGCUCAGUGGGCCCUUCCCCAGCCUCUUUUGCCUAGGGUCCACCCGAAGGAAACGUAGCAUCCCGCGCCUCAAAUCAGGCUUAAGACAGCGCCGAAUGAGGUGGAAAGGGAAAUGCCGACCAAUUGCGCCGCGGCGGGCUGUGCUACUACCUACAACAAGCACAUUAACAUCAGCUUCCACAGGUUUCCUUUGGAUCCUAAAAGAAGAAAAGAAUGGGUUCGCCUGGUUAGGCGCAAAAAUUUUGUGCCAGGAAAACAUACUUUUCUUUGUUCAAAGCACUUUGAAGCUUCCUGUUUUGACCUAACAGGACAAACUAGACGACUUAAAAUGGAUGCUGUUCCAACCAUUUUUGAUUUUUGUACCCAAAUAAAGUCUAUGAAACUCAAGUCAAGGAAUCUUUUGAAGAAAAACAACAGUUGUGCACCAACCGGACCAUCUAAUUUAAAAUCAAGCAUUAGUAGUCAGCAAGUACUGCUUGAACACAGUUAUGCCUUCAGGAAUCCUAUGGAAGCAAAAAAGAGGAUAAUUAAACUGGAAAAGGAGAUAGCAAGCCUAAGAAGGAAAAUGAAAACUUGCCUACAGAAAGAACGCAGAGCAACUCGAAGAUGGAUUAAAGCCGCGUGCUUGGUGAAGAAUCUGGAAACAAAUAACGUAUUACCUAAGGGCACAUCAGAACACAUUUUACCAGCAGCCUUAAACAGUCUUCCUUUGGAAGAUUUCAAGAUUCUUGAACAAGAUCAACAGGGUAAAACAUUAUCAGUUCUCUAAAUCUGAAACAAACCAAGAGUACAUUCAUUUAGGAUUUGUUACUCAAACUUCAUUCUAUUCACAGGUAAAAAUAUUUAAAGAAAUUAUUCCAAAAUUGAGUAGUUAAUAGAGUUUUACUUGAAGUAACAACAUUACUGUGUAAUUUAUGAAGACUUGAUUACAAAAAAAAUGGAAAACUUUCUAUGAAACAUUUAAAUGAGAAUAGAAGUGCCUUAUUGUGAGAAUUAUGUACUUAAAAUUUUUGCUAGAAAAUUGAAUAUUUGUAGACUGUUUUCUGUUUUUGUUUUUUUAACCUCUUUAAAGAACAGCCUAUUACAAGUAAUGUUUUUAAUUUAUAUUAUAAAAAGUUUUUUUCCAGUACCAAAGUUGGGAUAUUACAUUCUAAGUAAUUUGCCUAGUAGGGAUUAACAGACAUAUAACAGUAAAACUGCUCAGUUUUUAUUAAUUAAAUUAUUGGCACUGUGAUUGGGAAAAAUUAUAGGGAAAAGCCCCCUGAAAUACAGGGCAAAUUAUUUUAUUUAAACUUUCUAUAUCUUUUUAUCAGUAAAAUAAGCUAAUCAUGGCCUCCAUCAUAACAAAAUUAGCUUUUGCAAUAGCUUGUAAAAUACUUUGAAAAUAGUAUUUUCAAAUGUGAAUGAAGUACCUUUGGGUUAUCCAAGGAUCUCAGACUACUAAAAACUGGUAACUGGUUAUAUUCACCUUCUGAGAAAAUAUGCUAUGAAAUAACACAGAGAUUGAGAUCUAGCUUUUACUUUAAUUGAACACAAAGAUAUAUGUAUACCACAUUUUUCUCAUAAUAAAAAUACUACAUUUUCAAUUUCAAAGUUGAUGCAUUAAUAGGCAAACAUACUACAAAGUUUCAUGUUAGAAAUACUCCCUCUGUCUCUACAUAUAUUGAUACCAAAAUUCUUAAGCUUUCUUUUUUUCCCAUAAACCCAUAAUAGAAUUGAACUAUGGAAAAGUACUUACCAGAUUGUAUCUCCACAGCUUAUAACUUAAAAUGGAAUCAAUUUAUCUUACAUAUCAGUUUGCUUUUUAUCUCUUUUAGUAAGAGUAAAGUAGAGUAACCAUACUGCAUAAAGGAGAUGAAGUGUAGAUCUCUACAAAAAUACAUGUGUCUCUGAUAAAGCUAUACAGGUGCUAAUUAUUUUACAACAGAGAAUAUCAGAACUCUUCUUAUAGUUUCCACUUGAACGAUUAAAGGGUUUGCCUUAUUUUGCCAGAUAAAUGUUUAGUAAGAACACUUCAAACAGAUUUGGUCAAAUCAUAUAAAAAUUUAUUAAUGUACAGGCAGGUUAACCAGGCCUAACUUGAGUUUCUGACAACACCAUAUGAAAGUACCAUAUAUAUAAUAAUAUAUAAUCACAUAUUACUGUAAAUCUUUCCCAUAAGGUAAUGGCUCCUUGAUGAUAAAAUUUUUACAACAUUUGCUUAAAUCCUAGCAACAGUCUUUUUACAUUAUUUGCACCGUUUCUUUUAAUAAGGAGUGCCUCUCAAGCAACUAGAGUUACAAAAGCAAUGGUAGGAAAGAUCUCUUUUAGUUUUCAUCAGGCACUUAAAGUAAAUAUUUAAGAAACUCCUUUUAUGUAUAGUGUAAACCUUAUUAGUCAUGUUAUCUUUAAUACUGGAUGUCACUUCUUGGAAUUGUCGUUUCAUGUUUUCAACUGUCUUUAUAUGGUUUCAAACAUAAUCAUCAACACUUACUGACCAUUUCCAUACUUCAAAAUAAGUUGGGUAAAUAAUCAUUUAAACAUAAACUAUGUUUUCCAAAUAUAAAUCCUCAUGUGGUUCACCACCCCUCCCAAUACAAAGCAAAACACCGAUGCAGGCUGCUUCCCAUGCACAAUAGUACCUUGAUAUCUUAAUAUAACAUUUUUUAAAUCACAAAAAUAAACCAUUAUAAAAUACAACAGACUUUUGGCAAAUUAACUUGACUUCAUUAUUAUUUGAGAGCCCUGAAUAAACUACCACUCAGUAAAUUUUUUGCUGUUUUUUUUCCCCAUGUCAUUUUCAUGUUACUGGUCUGAUAACAUGCUACAAACUCUGUCUGCAUCAAAUUAUUUUAACAUAUAGCCAUCUACCUUAAAACUACUUUCAUUCAUAGAGAAAAUUAAAGGAAUUUAGUUUUACUUUAAGAAUUAAAGGAAUCUUUUUAAAUCCUGUUUUCAGUUUGUUGAUAAAUUUAUCACUUAGCCCACAUAUCAUGAAACUCAUCGAAACUGUAGUGGCCCUUUGUCCUGUGCUGUGCACAUGUACCCUGUUUUAUGUCCAUCAUUCAUGCUGCGUCUAGUAGGCACUAACCUUUACAGAGAACCGGCCAAAGGCUAGGAAUUUGAUAUAAAGUUGAACAUGACAUGAAUUUUCUGCCCUUAAGUUGCUCAAAGUCUUUUGAGAGAAACAAAUAUUAUUUAUAAUAAUAGGAUAAAUGCUAUGAAAGAGAUGUGUGUGAAGUGCUUUGGUAAAUGCCAUUAAAUUGGAAUUUAAUAAGAAUAUAUAAACUUUAGACCUUUUUAUAAUAGUUUUCUUUUGAAAUAAAUGGAUUUCUUCUUAUAAUGACUUACCAAAGGAGAUUUUGUAGAACUGGGUUUUAAGGUGAAUUACAUAGUAUUUAUUUAAUGAAUUUUAAGACUUUUUCUCCCUUUAAAAUGAACACUGAACAAAUUUGUUGUUUAUGAUAUCUUGUUAAAAGGAAAACAUAACAAAGUAAAAUAUUAUAUCAAAGCCAAGAUUGGAGUUUAUUUGAUGUUUGAUAUUUUUACUAAACAACAAGUGCUACUGUCACAAAUUUUUUUAAAAAUAGUUUUAACUCAGAGUCUUAAAGUUAACAAUGCAUUGUGG